CUCCACCAGCUAUUCGCGUGAACUUGUUGGUGCACCACAGUCGACAUGAUGCAGCGCGUCCUCUUCCAGGCGGUGCCUCUGACGCGGCAGUUCGCGUCGAAAUCGAGCAAGAAGGCCAAUAAGACUUUGAUCAAGCCAGCGAAUGCCAAGGCCCCACAUCGAUCUCGGGGACCGUCGCACAAGAUGAACCAAUUGCUGCCGCUUGUCGACGACGGCAAAACGUACCGCAUCGUGUUUGCGAGCAUCUUGGAACGUCUGCCGCUGAUUCUGCCCGACAUGGAGCCGUGGGAAGAAGCGUACUACCGCAUGAAACACAAGAUCGAAAUCAAGGAAGCGAUGCGCCUUCCAAAGGACUUUUGGUUCAAAGAACCAGGUGCCGUUGACGUCGAACCGGAGGAUGCUCCGUUCUUGUCGGAAUGGAACGAAGACGAACUGGUCGGCGAUGGAUUCCAACUGGCCAAGCGUGAAACAGAAGAUGACGCCACCAACAACCGCCACUCGUUGAACCGCGCGCUCAAGCAACGCGUGUUCCUGAUUGUGCAAGACCCUGUCUCGCUCAAGUGGACACUCCCCACGACGGAGAAGGCUGCUGAUGAAACCAUGCGCGAUGCGGCGUUCCGCGAACUGGCAGACACGAUCGGCGAUCAAGUCGAAGCGUAUCCUGUGGGGAAUGCUCCCAUGGGCCACUUGGUCGUCAGCCACGAAAAUGAGCCCGAUUUUGACGGCAAGGUGCACGGCACGAAGAUGUUCUUCUUGAAAGCGCAGACAUUUGGCAACGAAGGCGUUGUGAACCUGAACAAAGCCAAGGCCGCCGACUACCUCUGGGUCACCCAAGCCGAACUCGCCGAAUACCUUGAACCCCACGUAGCAGAAGUGGUCGUCAAGGUUGUGCCUCCGUAGAUAGCCCGUCCCCGACGUUUUGUAACUUUUAGAGGUGUUCAGAUAACACACACACAUUUGACCACACCAGGGUCCCUCCUGCCUCCUCCAAUACACCACAAUCUAACGUGGGCUUCUGUG